AUGAUAUUGGAAAACCUGAACGCGGAAAAAUUGCCGUCGUACGCGUUCUACACGUCCAUCGAUAUGCUGUCGAUCACCAACUGUACGUUCGGCACGAUCGAGCGAAAAGCGUUUCCGAUCAAUGACAUUGGCAACGCGACGCUGACCAACGUUACCGUGGACCGGGUUGAGGGCGAAGCGUUCCAAAAUUCGGCACUCAUCUCCAACCUGCGAAUGAUCAGAUGCGUCAUCCGGGAAAUGCAGAGCCACGCUAUCAUGUCCGUCGUGCAGAGCAUAGUCAUCGAACAGUCCAAGUUUGAAUCGGUGGAAACCUCGGCCGUGGCGGUGGCCACAGAACUGAAGUUGUACGGCAACACUUUCACGCGGGUGGCCGGCCGCGGGUUCGUACUGCACAACUUGCACGUUGUGCUGGUGCACGGCAACACGUUCGAGGAGAUCGAGGCCGAGGCGUUUUACGAGUCGACCGCGUUCAGCCCGGGAACGGAGUCGGCCACGAAGACGACGUUGCGCGUCAGCGACAACAGUUUCCUGCAGUCUCCGGCCGGCGACAAGUGGUCGCCUCCGGUCCGGCUGCAGAGGGCAGCUUCCGAGACGAACAUCACCGGCAACACGUUCAUCGGGUCGUGCGGUUGCGGCCCGUGGCGGUUCGUCGACGUGGCCGGCGGCGACAACAGUACCGAUGUCGAUGACGACGACGACGACGACGCCGAGUUCGCCGACCUCAACUACUGCCGGGUGAACGCGGUUGGAGCGGAGUGCGCGAACCUGACGGGAGCGGAGCUCGACCACUUGCGGAUAUCGGAGUUCACUACGGGGGCCGGGUGCGACCGUGACGCCGGGACCGCGUUCAACAGGUGCGUCCGGGACCGGUUGGUCGCGGUGCGGGACGGUGGCAACGGUCGUAUUCAACCGAUCGACUUUCUGACACCGACCGCGGAACGGGGCGUUAUCACCACGGUGGUGCUGUUGGUGCUGUGCGGUUUCGGUGCGGUGUGCGCCGUGAGCGCCGUCACCUGGCUCAACGCCCGUGGCUACUUCAUCAAGCUCCGGUCACUGCUCACCCCGAAUGGCGGAGGUGGUGGAGGUGGCGGCGCCGGAACGGCUUGCAGGACCAUUUCGGCGCACUCGCUGUCCCGGAUGUCCGUGCACGAGUACACCGAACUGCAGCGGCUCAAGUUGGGCGGAGGCGUUGGAGGUGGCUGUGGCAGCGACGUUGGCGCCAUGCGGGUGAUCGUAUACCAGGACAAGGGCACGCAGACGAUACCGGAAGAGCUGACUCACGAGAUGUUGCAGAACCUGCGCGACAAACUGGACGACCCGGACGACUACGCCGAGGCCCGAGGCAUAAUCGAACACCUGUACGACCUGAUCCGGGUGGAGGAGACUUGCUGCGGCGACAGCGGCGUCGGCGGCGGCUGGUACUCGGCCGGCGGAGGGGGGCUGGACGACAUGACGUCCACGGUGACGACCAAGGCCGUGGCCGCGGGUGACGGACGGCAGCGGGAUGUCAAGUCGGUGGGCACGGGCGCGCCGUCGCUGGAUAGACUCCGGACGCCCAGGAUCAAGAUGGCCGGGGCGGGGGCGUCCACCGAAGUGGCGGUUCACCACGGUCGCCGGCCGCAGCCACCGCCGUCUCCGUCGCCGUCGGUCAACAGCGAUUACGUGGACCCGGUGGACUUUUUGUACGGCGGCGCGGGAAAUGUGCGCGACGACGAAUCGUACACGGACAUCUACUGCGAGCUGACCGACCUGCGAUCGACCGCCGAAGACCGUCCGCCGCAGCAACCGCCGCCGGUACCCGACAAACCUACGCUCGUCUGA